AUGGAGGUGAUGGACAGCUGCAAGUUCUCCCCGUCCGAGCUCUUCUACGACAGCCCCUGCCUCUCCUCCCCAGAGGGCGAGUUCCCCGAGGAUUUUGAGCCCAGGGAUCUGCCCCCCUUCGGCGCCCACGAGCCCCCCGAGCCCGCUUGCUCCGAGGAAGAGGAGCAUGUCCGAGCUCCCACUGGCCAUCACCAGGCCGGUCACUGCCUCAUGUGGGCUUGCAAAGCCUGCAAAAGAAAAUCCACCACAAUGGACCGGCGGAAGGCGGCCACCAUGAGGGAGAGGAGGAGGCUGAAGAAAGUGAACCAAGCUUUUGAGACCCUGAAGAGAUGCACCACUGCCAACCCCAACCAGAGACUCCCCAAAGUAGAGAUUCUGAGAAACGCCAUCAGAUACAUCGAGAGCCUCCAGGAGCUCUUGAGGGAACAGGUAGAAAACUACUAUCACCUGCCGGGACAGAGUUGCUCCGAACCGACCAGCCCCACUUCCAGCUGCUCCGAUGGGAUGGCCGACUGCGGCAGUCCCGUCUGGUCGGCGAGAGGCAGCAGCUUCGACGCGGUCUACUGCUCCGAGAUGGCCCACGCCUACGCCGCCGAUCAGAGCAGCGCCCUGUCCAGCCUGGACUGCCUCUCCAGCAUCGUGGACCGUCUCUCCCCGGGGGAGGAACCAGGGCUGCCCCUCCGCGACGCCGACUCUCUCUCGCCCAGCACCAGCAUCGACUCGGGGCCGCGGACGCCCGGGACGCCGCCGCCCCGACGGACCUAUCAGGCGCUAUGA